ACAAAAUAUUCGAGAACCUGGAACUGGAUAUUUCUAUAGAGCAAUGACGGCUAAACUUUACCGCCAAGGAAUGGUAAUACAACGGUGGGACUUUGGGAAUACUAAAAAACAUUCAAGAGAUCCUGUCAACGAUCCUGCUGAUUGCAACGCGCCGAACUUGCCAGCCUUUCAGAUCACAAUUCCCAUAAGUGAAGUAUUUUGGAAUCCGCCGUUUCCUAUCACGCCUGCGUAUGCUCCAAUAAUCCCGGCAAACGUAAUUGGUACAUAUUUUAAUAUUGACUUGUACCGGAUCCAGCGGACUGCCUUAAAAGCUGAGGGUUUCCUUCAAGGUUAUCCCAGGAUUUUUGUUAAUUAUGGUGAUUGA